AUGGCAGAGCUGGUGCUCGGCAUAGCCGGGGUUGUUCUGGCUUGGAAGGGUAUCAUGGAUUUCGGAGAGCUCAUACUCAAGCUCACGGACAACGACACAAGACGUAGAGAAGGACUGUCACUCAGACUCGAAGUAUCGCAGUACAUGCUCAAGGACUGGGGUGACUAUUGGGGCGUGGAUAAAGACGAUGGGGGUUUUCACCGUUUUGAGCCAGCCAGAAAAGAGCUCAUUUUCAAGAUCAUCUUCAGGCUUCACGAGUCUCGACUGAAAGCACUGAAGGUGCUGAGGAAACGCUACAACUUGCCCAUCAAGGAUGACGAGGAUGAUGGUACCGGUGCCGCCAAUCGGUUGUCCAGGAUGGUGGAUCGAGUGAAGGGCUCCUCGAAGACAUUGAAGGAUAAAGGGGUCUGGCUGGCCCACGACCAGUCAGAGAUCAUUGAUUUGGUUAACGAGACGAUGGAGCUACACGAGAACCUACAAUAUCUGACCUACGGCUCCCACAAGUUCAUCCGCGAUACAGCAUCGGAGAUACAAGCUCCUGUUGUCAUUGAUGUGGGCAUGGAAAACAUGAUGGACCACAAGGACGUACCGCCGAGUCCGAGAUCAGCAGUUGCACUGGUUCCACCUAUAUCCCCAGAACCUACGCUCGACGAGCAAACUCUGGCAAGCUAUGCCACGAAAUCUAUCGCAUCGACUUCCAAGGCUGGACGCAUCCAGUACCAUAUCGACAGAGCCUUUCACUUUUAUGGUGACGAUCGCAUUAUAGAGGCAGUAUGCACCUGGUGGAACGACGACGAGCCAGGGGUGCUAGUGAUUGAAGCUCCCGACGACGGUGACGACGAAACAUCAGUACUUACCUGCGUAGUGGUGUACUACGUAGCUUCUUGUCAAAGGCUCAUCUACAGCUUCAGCCCUGACUCCCGAGAGAAUGCGGAUGUGCAGUUUGUGGAGAUGCUGCGGACUCUCAUACUGAGCAUGUUGACGAUGGGGGGCAGCCAGCAAUUCAACGAACUCCCCUUACCAUCCGAUAUGCUCAUCAUGGAGAACACGGAACUGAACGUCGCUACGAUAAAGCAACUUAUUGGGUUGUUCCACCAGGUUUUGAAUGCGCUCGUAACUGGGCAGGACCGCCGUGUUCUGCUAGUCAUUGACGGUCUGGAACGUGUUGGGGCGGGCAACCUAUCAUCUUUGGUCAGAUCAUUCGUCGAUGGCCUUCGACCCAGCUGCAUUAGCAACGAAGCGAGCCAUCUCAAGGCCACAGUCAAAAUACUACUGGGCUUCAGGGGCCACGCCUUGGUUCUAUACGGGUCCGUUGGGGACCAAGACUUAGUGGACCUCACAGAUUGCCCAACCCAGACGACCAACAUAAUGCACGAGCUGGCCGUAGGCAUGCAUAAGCGAAAUUGA